AGAGACCUCCCGGCCAAUCUGGAUUUGCAAACCAAAUGUUCACACAAGUGAUCCAUGGCGAUACUGUUUAGCCUCCUGCAGCUACGAGGUGUGGCCUGACUACCCAUCUGUUCCACUUGGCUUCCUCUGACUUACGCCUGUACCAGAUGCGUCAGGGUGUCGUCUUAAAACUGUUGACGGUCACCAGGGGAGAUGGCUCGCGCCACCAUCUGCUUCCAGUGGUACUAUGAUUGUACGGAGUGAUGUCGAACAUGAUUGAAGUUGUUGGAAGAGUACUAAAGUAAGUAGAAAAGGAUGCCAGAAGGGAGCACGAGGAAGAACUUCAACAAGUCAAGGACAUGGAAACUUAUGUAACUUUCUGGAUUUGUCUUCUUUGAGUGGCUGCUCUGUGUGAUUAACAUAUGUUUCCACUUUUGGGGUUAAGAAAAUGAGCGCUGUGGUUGGACAUGAGGGAACGUUGCAUGGCUGCAUGUAGUGCCUCUGAAGACACAGUAAUUUUGACUGACUUCUUUCAGUCCUUUUUUGUGUGACGAGCACCAACCAAUGACAAAUGGCAAAGCCGCCUGUCCUAACAUUUUUCCGGAACAUUUCAGAAGAACACAAUGCUGAUGUAACACAGGAAGAGGCUGAGAUGAAGAAAAUCAAGAAUUUUGAAGCACCUCCUUUGGAUAACUCAUGCUCGUAUGUUAUAUUUUUUGUUGGACAACAAGAGAGAAGCACUUCCAACUUGGAUGGAGAAAAAGAAAACCACUCAAGUGAGGAGAAGAGAAAUCAAUUGAAUGCAGCAGAGGAAGGUGAUGAUACAAUAAAUGCUGAACAAGUCACGACGGUGAAAGAUAAAAAUAGCUCAUCUGUGCUUGGACAACAAUUGGAAACAUAUCAAAUUGAUAAAGUUCACCUCAUUGGCUCGCCUGAAGGUGAAUUUAAGCCAUUCAAAUGUGAACUCUGUUUGACAGAAUGUACAAAUACAGAUGGUGAUUGCGAUGAGGCAAAGAACUACAAACAGGAUUCCACUAAAGAACCCAACCAGGAUGUGAGGAUCAAUGGUGAAGACGUGAUGACUUCAUGUUGUCAGGAGGAGUUCACCGCCACCAGGACUUGCAAUGAUUUUGAAAGUGAGGAAUUUGCAUUGAGAACAUGUCCCAAAAAUGUCUUGAUUACUGUGACUCGGACAGAACAUACUGUUGAAGAUGUGGUAGAAGACAACCUAACAUGUGAGCAAAGCAAUGAGCUCUCCUUGAAAAUUGACAAUUUGGACGACAUCUCCGCAAGACCAAUGAAUAAUUCACCAAAUAUUGUCAUAUCACCUGCAAACAAUAUGCCUCCACCUGGAUCCACCAUCUCCAGAGCCACCUUCUCCCCAGGCCCACCAACAGACAAGCAAGUCCAGAUCCCUGCCCUCUUUAGCGGUCUGAGAGUCCUGAAGAAGAGUGUGGUCGGACCUGGACUUGAUACAAUUGCUCAAAUCCAACCUUUAACUGAAGGAAUAAAGACAGUGAACCCCCCUGAGAAGCAGGUGGAUCAAAAGGUCCACGGAAACUUCCUGGGCCAGAUCUCCCAGUUACUGAACUCGGACAAAAGAGAGGACGAUAACAGCGAAGAUCCAGUUGAAACUAAAGAGAAUAUCACUGAAAAGAAUCAAGAAGUUGACACUGAAAAGGACACUUCAGGGUCAUGUCAGUCCACUAAACCACCUGUUUCUGGUGCGGAAGCAGCCUUUCAUGCUUUCAAGGCCUUUUUCACCCCAAAGCCUUUAAAGAAGGAGCUGACAGAGAAUGCGGACACAGAUGCAACAAGGAAAAGGAUCAGGACAGAAAAAGAUGCUCUGAAAGCAUUUUUUGAGAGAACUUCUAACAAGAACCCGGAGGAGAAACUUGGAUCUAAUUCCAAAUCAGAAGCCUCCAGCCCAGUACAAGGAGAAGAGCGAACGCCCGGACAUCUACAAGUUGUGUGGCCUCCACCCAAAGAAGACAAAGUUGGCUUGAAGUAUACCGAAGCAGAGCACCAGGCUGCUCUGCUUCAACUCAAGAGAGAAUGCAAAGAAGAAGUGGAGAAGUUACAGGAGGACUUCUACCUGGAAUUCUCCCGACAGAGAGAAGAGAACAAGGUCAAAAUGUCCUGCCUGGAGCUCACACUAUCUGAGCUGCAGGCUGAGCUUUCCAAGGUCAACAUCCCCAAACGUGGCACGCUCAGAGACGUAGCCGUGUCAUCGCAAGACGAUGCGUGUCUCCAGAAAGCCUUCCGCACCGUCUGCAUACAAACAGACCGAGAGAGCUUUGUCAGGAAUGAUGAAGACGGGAAAAGGAGAGACUGCUUACCUCAACAGCAAAAAGUAACUCCCAAAAAACUAGACCUGGCUUCGAUCAGCUUGAGCCUGGCAGGUCAGCAAGAAGGAGAGCCUCCAUGCUCUGCACCAAACAAAACCGUCAGUCCACCUCCACUUUUGCAAUGUUUGUCAUCAACAGUGAACUCCAAACAAACAUCAAACAUUCCCCCACCACUUCCUCCGCCACCACCACCUCCACCUGCUCCUUCCAUGAUAGCAGCGGGUCCCCCACCACCACCACCACCUCCACCUGCUCCUUCCAUGAUAGCAGCGGGUCCCCCACCACCACCACCACCUCCACCUGCUCCUUCCAUGUCAGCGGCGGGUCCCCCACCACCUCCACCACCUGCAUUUAUGGCAGGGUUAACCCCAGCAACAACCCCAUCUUUGUAUGCGGCUCCAAGGAAGCCUCAGGUGGAGCCUUCCCGUCCAAUGAAGCCUCUGUACUGGACCAGGAUUCAGAUUCAGGAUAACAAGAGCAACACACUGUGGAAUGUUCUAGAAGAACCACAUAUUGUGAAUCCAGUGGAGUUUGAGGAGCUAUUUGCCAAAACCAUCACACGCCUGAAGAGAAAACCACUGGUGGACAAUUAUGAAAAGAAAUCAAAAACCAGAAAGAUCAUUAAGCUGCUGGAUGGUAAGCGCUCUCAGACUGUGGGCAUCCUCAUAUCAAGCCUUCAUCUGGAGAUGAAAGAUAUCCAACAAGCUGUUCUGACAGUGGAUAACUCUGUGGUGGACCUGGAGACAAUUGAAGCACUUUACGAGAAUAGAGCUCAGCCAGAGGAGCUGGAGAAGAUCAUGACACACUUCAGCACCUCCAAAGAGGAGGAGGUUAAACUCCUGGAUAAACCUGAACAGUUCCUGUAUGAACUCUCGCAGAUUCCAGACUUCGCUGGCAGGGCUCGCUGCAUCAUUUUCAAGUCAGGCUUCAACGAUGGGAUGGCCUCCAUCCAACAUAAACUUCACAUUGUCUCCACUGUGUCUGAGGCUCUGCUGGAGAAGAGCGGCGUGAGGGAGGUGCUGGGACUGGUGUUGGCUUUGGGAAAUCACAUGAACGGAGGCAAUAGGGUCAGAGGCCAGGCUGAUGGGUUCGGCCUGGAGAUCCUUCCGAAACUCAAGGAUGUCAAGAGCAGGGACAAUCGCAUCAGCCUGGUGGACUAUGUGGUAUCAUAUUACCUUCACAAUGUGGACAAGAAUGCUGGAACAGACAAGAGUGUUUACCCACUUCCUGAACCUCAGGAUGUCUUCCUAGCAGCUCAGGUCAAUUUUGAUGACCUCAAUGCAGAGCUGAGAAAGCUUGGGAGAGAUCUGGCAGGAUGCGAAAAGGACGUGCAGAAAGUCUGCUCAGACUCUCCUGAAGAACAUCUGCAGCCGUUUAAAGACAGAAUGGAGACUUUUCUUCUCAGUGCACGUAAAGAACAUGCUGAGGCUUCAUAUCAGCUGAUGGCUGCAGAGAAGAGUUUUCAGGACCUGUGUGUGUACUUUGAGCUGAAGUCCAAGGCAGGAGACAAGGAGUUGACAGCCGGUCAUUUCUUCAUGCUGUGGUUUGAAUUUAGUGCUGACUUCAAGGCCAGGUGGAAAAGGGAGAACAGGAACAUCUCUAAAGAAAGGAUAAAAGAAGCCCAGUUGUCUGUGAAGAGGAUCACGGCAGAGAAGAAAGUCGAGACCAGAAAAAUAAUCCCUAACAGUCUGAAAGAACGCCUGCGACAGAAAGAAGCUAACAUGACCUUGACUUAACAUUCUCACUUACACAUACUUGUAUAUAGAUUUUAUACUACACUGGAACCUCUUCAGUCAAAUACUUUGGCUUUGGAAUUGAACCGAACCUUGCUUAAACAAAAUGUGCCUCAAAAGUUUUUGCAUCUCCAUGCAUGAUCUUAAAAAAGGAAGGAUUAAUUCCACAAAGCGGUUUCCAUCUUUCACAAAUGGGACCAUAAAACUGGAAAUUGUACAUAUUGUAGAGUAGGAAAGUGGUUCUGGCUGAGAUGAGAUGCACUAUAGUUUAGUUUUAGCUAGUUUUAAUAACUUACAUUUACACUUUUAAUGAAGUUAAGAAUACUAAAUUGUAAAAAAAAAUGCUUGUACUGAACAGUACUACAGUUGACACUGUUUCCAUUACUUCCUAUUGUAAAAUGAUUGGUCCAAUAAUUGUCCAAAGGCCAGAAUUUGUCUUGGCAGACGCAUGAGGGCCAGAUGGUGUUAAGAAAUAAUUUUCUCGUGUUAUUGCAGUUAAUUGGUUCCAGACCGACUGCAACAAGAGAAUUUUUAUAAAGUAGGAUUCAAUAUCAGUAAAUUGAAUAUUUUUGUAGUUAGCAUAAAACCUGCCUAAAUACAGUUUUGACCAUCUUUAUCGCCCUGUAGACAUGAACUAACACCCCUGCAGUCAUCUUGACAAAGACCUUAUCAUAAAAUAAUGUAACGUUACUUACCAGUGAAGAGUAUUACUCUCCUGACGCUGUUUGUGAUUAAGUAGAGCCCCACGAUGCACUUCAGUCAGUUUAUGACCAAACAGAGAACACAUGCAGUGGACCCAUUCACACAGGAGCUGCUGUCGGCCACUUACUGCAAUGCUAACCUGCUGCUAGCACUCAGCUAACAGUCAACUCUAGCAAGCUGAUGUCAGUUAUUGAUUACAGGUACUGUACUGUACUGUACUGUACUGUACCUUAUAUAUGAAUCCCAUUCAUUUAGCCAAUGAAUACAUACAAUUUGCUUAAAUAUGCAUUUUUGUUUUACGAAUAGUUCAACUACAAAUCAGUGAUUUGUAGUACUUGUUUGUGCUAUUGGGUUGAUGGUGGGUCCCACAGUCAAACCUGUUGAGAAACACCGCCCUAAAAUACAGAGUCAAAUGUAAAAAUCCCAUUGUUUACAUCAUAUAAGUAAACUCAUCGACUUCCCCACUGCAUUUUCUGUGAAAGUAUAUUUUGUGGCCUCCUUAAAAGCCUGUUCUUUUUCCGGUGCUCCUUCAUUAUAAUGGCAUGCCUCUCUGUUGAGAGAGCAGAGGAAGUAUUGAAUGAAGGAGCACCUCUCCUGUUUGACGGAAUAGUUUAGUUGAUGUGAUUUGGGGGAUGUUUGACUGGCCAAAUGAAACGCCUAUUGAAGACCCCUGGUAUAAAUUGUCUGGAAAUGUGAACAAGUACCUUAAAUGAGGAAUGGACAUUGUUCAACCUAAAGAGGUUCCGUUGUACGAUAAUGUUAGGACCAUUUUAACAUCACUGAGCUGCUGGACCAGGCUGCAAGGACCAGGAUCAGGAUCAGUGUACAACAACUUUUUUCAUUCCUUCAACUGGGUGCAUUUUUUUGCUGUUUUUUUAAUGACUGACACUGGAUACCUAAAAUGUAGAUUGAAGAAAGCAAUUGUGCAAUAUUAACUUCACUUUAUACAUUAUUAUAUUUAACAGAACGGAUGAAUUCUAUUGUACGUAGUCAAUGCUUUAGCUUUCUCAAAUAAAUCAUUUCAAUUCU